AUGCUUCAAAAUGAGUAUCGGAAGACGCAUCCAGAUAUGUUGACUGUUAAAGACCGCAUGACACGAACGUUCUCCUGGAGGCGUCGAGAAAUCAUGGCAGGAAUGUCUGUGGAGGAUGUACUCAAAAGAUACCCAUUCUUAAGAAUGCCUGCUGGAUUUUUUAAUGAGGUUGACCGAAUGUAUCCUUCAACAAGCAGCUUCUGCCAUCGCUUCAGAGAGGGUUUUGCGAGUGUUCUGCCUAAUGUGCUGAAACUUGCCAAGAUCAAAACCCCACUAGCAAAAGAGUACACCGAAGCAAGACAAGAUGCCCUGGCUGAAGAUAUACCAGGAAUUGAUUUGAGGGCUGGAUUAAUCCUCUUGCCAUCCAUCUUCAGAGAAAAGAUUGAACACUACGUUACUGUAGAGGGAGACCCUGCUUCACCAUUUCCAACCAUACAACUGAUGGAUAAAGACUGGAAAACGGCGAUCAUUGGAAGAGGGCUCAGUGUGGUGAAUGUAGAUGGAAUAGAUGUGUGCCAGUGCACCAGCCUUGAUGAAGCCUUCAUAACAGCCUUCUGUAUGUACUUUACUUUCAACAUUGCAUAUCUACCACACCUGAAAAACACACUGACUUUCCUUCAGAGGCGCAUUGUCAACAUUGUGGAAGAGGGAGACAAACCACUGCCAGUGACUUUACUCCGUAUGAUAAAUCUUUUGUAUUAAGUUUAUCAUCAUGCCUCAACUGUACCAUUGCCCAAAGUGCACUCGAAGGACAUUCACUCUUGUGAACUUAAUCCAACAUGUUGGAGUUGCACGUGCACAUGAACCAAAUUUUAGUAUCACCUGUGGUAUAGAUCAGUGCCAAUCAACUUUUUCACGAUUCCAUUCUUUUAGAAAACAUGUUUACAGGAAGCACAGAUGCUUCGUUUUUGGAAAAUCUACUAACAUAAAUGACUGCCCCAGUGAAGAGUCAGCAGUACAGCAACACGGCUUGAACCUAGAUCAGCAAAAUUCUGAGUCUGAUCCAAAUUCUUCUGAUCCUCAAAUAGUAAUGCCACUUUUAGAUAAACAAUUAGAAGAUUUCAGAGAUAAUCUAUUU